AUGUUUGGUCUGGACCCAAUAAACAGUACUGGGAUAGGUGGGAACCGUAAUCGCCAAGCUGGAAAGAAAAGACACCUUUUCCGCACCACUUUCUCUUCCUCCUUUCCCUUCCAACCUUCAUCCCAACCUUCCACACCAACACACUCAUGGACGCAGCAACAACAACAGACACAAAGGAACAUUAGAGCGCGUCACGGUGCGCACGUUUGCACCGCCUCACAUGGAUUAUUCCUCUCCCCCGAUUCGCUUCCCUCCCACGCCAUCCCUACUCUCAUCCACACUCUAGACGCAACCCAAAACCACCCUUCCAAAGGGGACGCGCCAAACCCAACCGGAGGAGGGGGCAAAAACCAAAAAACUAAAAUAAUGUUUACGAUUACGAAAUUCUCGGGGUUUUUCUCCGCCGUAAUGUUCCUCAUUUUUCUUAUCAUUCUCUCCCCCUCCUUCCAAUCCGAAGCAAUUCGAUCCUCCCACCGGUUUUCCUUCCGCAAAGCCCCUCCCUUCCGUAAUGGUGACCAAUGCGCCUGGGUUUCCGCCCAAGCAAACGUGUGCGACCCUUCUUUAGUCCACGUCGCCAUAACUCUCGACGUCGAAUAUCUCCGCGGUUCAAUCGCCGCCGUGCACUCCAUCCUUCACAACUCCCUCUGUCCGGAGAACGUCUUCUUCCAUUUCCUCGUCUCCGACACGAAUCUCCAAACCCUAGUGGACUCCACCUUCCCGCACCUGAAGUUCAACGUCUAUUACUUCGAUCCCAACACCGUCUCCCACUUGAUCUCCUCCUCCGUGCGCCAAGCGCUGGAGCAGCCUCUCAAUUACGCCAGGAACUACCUCGCGGACCUUCUCGAGAGUUGCGUGGAGCGAGUUAUCUACCUGGACUCUGAUCUGGUGGUGGUGGACGACGUGGCCAAGCUCUGGAGCGCGAGUCUGGGCUCACGCGCCAUCGGUGCCCCGGAAUACUGUCACGCGAACUUCACUAAGUACUUCACGGCGGGGUUCUGGUCGGAGCCGAGGUUGGCGGGAACUUUCGCGCAGCGGAGGGCGUGUUAUUUCAACACGGGGGUGAUGGUGAUGGAUCUGUUGAAGUGGAGGAAGGAGGGGUACACGAGAAGAAUCGAGAGGUGGAUGGAGAUUCAGAAGAGUGAUCGGAUCUACGAGCUGGGUUCGUUGCCGCCGUUUUUGCUGGUUUUCGCCGGACACGUGGCGCCCAUUGAGCACCGGUGGAACCAGCACGGUUUGGGCGGGGAUAAUGUGAAGGGUAGUUGCCGUGACUUGCACCCUGGUCCGGUUAGUUUGUUGCAUUGGUCCGGUAGUGGAAAACCCUGGCUCCGGUUACAUUCCAAACGUCCUUGCCCUCUCGAUGCUCUGUGGGCUCCCUUUGACUUGUACGCACACUCUUCUCUUAACUAA